AAAACAAACCUCACGACAAUUCAAACUUUUACAUUGAUUCAUCAAGUCUUCUCUUUUUGUUAUACGUUGACUUUUUGGCCUUUAUUAUUAGUCAACUAUUAUUACAAGUCAAUUCAAAUGCCAAAAUCAGCAACUAAAGAAAAUGAUCAAGAUGCUAUUCCUCUUCUUUUUACUUUGACUUUGGCUGAUGAUGGUGCACCUACUGCUGAUAAAAAGUAUAUUCGUAUUCCGCCUUCUUAUCGUAUGACUCUUAUGAGAUGGAUCUUACAACCUGGAACAUUAGCUGCUAUUAAUCAAGCCAUCUUAUUCACCAAUUAUCCUGAAAAAGAUAAACCAUUCGAACGUCAUACUUUCCAUGCAAUCAAAUUUAAUCAAGAUCCUCAAUUACUUUGUGCUUAUUGUGAUCUUCUAUUGGAUAGACCUGGUGUUUAUGAAUAUUAUGUCAAGUAUGGUCCUGAUUUGAAGAAUACUAGUUCAAGUUCAGGUAGAUGGGUAGUUGAACCACAUAUUAUUACUCGAUCAGAUGAUUCUCUUUUGCCAAUGGAUGCGUUGAUGAUACAAUCAGUGGUACCAAAAUGGAUGGGACCUAUUUCGGAUUGGGAUCGAUAUUUCAACUUUAUUCAGUAUGCUGGUUACAAUAUGAUUCAUUUCGUUCCUAUGCAACAACGCGGUACUUCCAACUCACCUUACUCUAUUGCUGACCAAUUGACUUUUGCUGAUGAUCUUUUUGACAAUCCUUCUUCUGUUUCUUCUGAACAACGUGCUACCUUGGUGAAAAAGACAUUGAAACAUUUGGAACAAACUCAUGGAAUACUUUCUUUAUCUGAUAUUGUUUGGAAUCAUACCAGUAAUGAUUCUGCUUUUUUAUUGGAACAUCCUGAAGCUGGUUAUAAUCUUCAUAAUUCUCCUCACCUUGUUCCUGCUUAUGAAUUGGAUACCGCUCUUGUUAACUUAUCAGGCGAACUAGACCACCUUGGAUUAAAAUCGACUAUUGAAAGUGAAACAGACGUGAACCUUAUUAUCGAUUAUAUCAAGCAUCAUACUUUUCCUGACCUUAAACUUUAUGAAUAUAAAAUACUAGAUGUAUCCAAAUGUGUGGCUUUAUUCGAACAACGAUUGAUCGACAAGGAUGCAACUGGUGUCAACGUAAAAAAAUAUCGAGAUCAGCAAGUGCAUCUUCUCUCCUUGAAGCAGCAAGCCGCUUUCGUCAUCGAUAAGAAAUGGAUCAGCAAUGGUAAACCGGGUACUCGAUUUCCCAAGCAAUUGGAUCUUCCAUCCAUUAUUUCAUUUAUUUUGGCCGUCAAUCAAUUGGAUGAUAUCAAUGAAACGUCAAAACAUGAUAUUGAACAAUUAUCUAAAAGUUUACAAAUUCUUUUGGAUGAAUGUAAUUUACCCUGGUACAAGGAAUAUGAUCAAGAUGUAUGUAUUGCUUUAGAUAAUAUCAAGAAUCGUAUGAUCUUUACUCGAUUGGCCGAUAAUGGUCCUCAUUUAGGUCCCAUAAGCAAAAGCAAUCCUUUGGUAGAAACUUAUUUUACUCGACUAGAACAAUCCAAAUCAUCUCAUCCUCCCGGUAGUUUUCAGUUGGCAAACAAUGGUUGGAUAUGGAAUGCUGAUCCUUUGGUAGAUUUUGCUGGACCUGGAUCAUCUGCUUAUCUACGUCGACAAGUUAUUAUUUGGGGUGAUUGUGUGAAACUUCGUUAUGGUUCUGGACCUGAAGAUAAUCCUUGGUUAUGGCAACAUAUGACGUGUUAUACAAAGCAAGUAGCAAGUAUGUUCCAUGGUAUUCGUAUUGAUAAUUGUCAUUCUACUCCAAUGCAUGUGGCUGAAUAUCUGUUGGAUGCUGCUCGCAAGAUUCGCCCUCAUCUUUAUGUUUUGGCUGAACUAUUCACAGGAUCCGAAGAAAAAGAUAAUGUAUUUGUGUCGCGACUUGGCAUUCAUGCAUUGAUUCGAGAGGCUAUGCAAGCUUGGGAUACUCAUGAGCUAUCGCGAUUGGUUCAUCGUCAUGGUGGAAAACCUGUGGGUAGUAUGGAUGAAGAUAUGACUUGGAAACUAGUGACUUAUGAUGGUGAACUCAAAGAUAUUCAAUAUGUACAACGAAUACCUGUCUCACAUGGUAGUUCUCCCCGUGCUCUCUUUAUGGAUUGUACUCAUGAUAAUGAAACUCCAUUACAAAAACGACUUGCUCAGGAUGCAUUGCCUAAUGCAGCAGUGGUGGCUUUCUCAGAUUGUUCCAUUGGAAGUGUGAAAGGAUAUGAUGAACUCUACCCACGACUUUUAGAUGUUGUUGGUGAAAAACGACAAUAUGCGGAACCGGAUACAGGCAUUGGUAUUGUUGAAAUCAAACACAAGUUACAACUACUUCAUUUGCAAAUGUCUCUUCAAGGUUAUGGUGAAGUUCAUGUUCAUCAAGAAAAUGAUUAUCUUUUAGUACAUCGACAACAUCCUGGUUCCCAAGAUGGGUAUCUUUUGAUUACACGAACAGCAUUCUCCAAUAAUGCAAGUACUGGCAUCUCUCCUAUUAUUUUACGUAAAUCUCAAGCUGAAUUUGUUUUUGGAGCUUCUCUCAAGGUGGAUGAUCUGAACGUCAAGAAUGAUGCAUUCCUUACUGGAUUACCAAGUCAUGUAGAUCCUCUACCUGCUCCUGCAUUAGUAUCAAAACAAGACGAAAAAGGGGAAUACAUUCAAGUGGUAUUGGAUGAUGAUAAAUUCACUCCUGGAUCCAUCAUGAUAUUGAAAACAUCCAUCGGUAAUCUAUAUGAAGAAACGAAACGAAUGGUGACUCAACUGGAUAAUGAUGUGAUCAAGGGUUUGAAUUUGGUGGAUAUCAAUGUUGCGUUGUACCGCUGUGAAGGGGAAGAAAUGGAAUAUACUGGUGGUGAUGGUGUCUACGAAUUUCCUGGCUAUGGUAAACUAGUGUAUGCUGGUUUGCAAGGAUUCAUGACUGUUCUUGAACCUAUUAUUAUCAACAAUGAUCUUGGUCAUCCUGUGUGCGACAAUUUACGACAAGGAAAAUGGGCAUUGGAGUAUGUGGUUCAUCGUCUGGACAAGUAUCUACCUCAAUACCCUCAUCUACAAGGCUUGAGAGAUUGGCUUGAUUCUCGUAUGGAAAAAGUGAAGGAUAUGCCAGACUUUUUGGUGCCAAAAUAUUUUGCUAUGACUAUCCAAACUGCUUACAACAAGAUAUAUCAACAUGCUCUUUCUUUAAUGUCUCCUUUGGUACAACAUGAUCUCUUCCUACAACAAUUGGCGAUGACGAGUGUGCAAUUACUUGGUCAAGUACCUUCGACUGGACUCCAUCCAACUGAAUCCAAUCCAUCCUUGGCAGCAGGACUUCCUCAUUUUACCAAUGGACCUUUCCGUACAUGGGGUCGUGAUGUAUUUAUUUCUCUUCGUGGACUUUUGAUGGUGACUGGACGAUUCAAAGAAGCCAAGGCACAUAUCCUUUCCUUUGCAGGAUCACUCAAGCAUGGCUUGAUUCCCAAUUUACUGGAUUCGGUACGACAACCACGAUACAAUGCACGUGAUGCGGUAUGGUUCUUUACACAAGCUAUUCAAGAUUAUUAUAACAUGGCGCCAGAUGGACAUGACAUUUUGAAUGAAAAGGUAUUACGUCGAUUCCCAAAGGAUGAUCGUUUUGUGCCUGUGGAAGAAGGAUAUCAAUACACCAGUACUAUUGGGGAGAUCAUUCAAGAGAUCUUGGAACGACACGCUCAAGGUAUUCAUUUUAGAGAAUACAAUGCUGGCCCAGCCAUUGAUCGUCAAAUGUCGGAUGAAGGAUUCAAUAUUGAUAUCGAGGUAGAUUGGAAAACUGGUUUGUUGGUUGGUGGCAAUGCAUUCAAUUGUGGCACAUGGAUGGAUAAGAUGGGUGAAAGUGAAAAGGCUCACAACAAAGGUUUACCUGGUACUUCUCGGGAUGGUGCACCUAUUGAAAUUUCCGGUUUACUAAAAAGUACAUUACGUUGGAUCAUUGAACUUGAAAAGGCUGGGCGUUUCAAAUGGACUCAAGUGAAAGCUCAGGAUGGCAAGAUAAUUCUUUACAAAGAUUGGAAUCGUUUAAUUCAAGAUAAUUUCGAAAGAGUGUAUUAUAUACCAAAAGAUCCUGCUGAUGAUACCAAAUAUGAUGUGGAUCCCCGUAUAGUGAACCGACGAACUAUCUAUAAAGAUGUAUGGAAAGCAAGCAAACCAUAUACGGAAUAUCAAUUACGUCCCAACUUUUGUAUUGCCAUGGUGGUAGCACCUGAAUUAUUCAAUAAACAACAUGGUCAACUUGCUCUUCAAUUAGCCGACACAACCAUCAAAGGACCUUUAGGAAUGCGAACACUUGAUCCCUCGGAUUUGGAAUAUCGACCCUAUUACAACAACAGUGAUGAUUCCGAUGACAUCAAGGUGGCGAAGGGACGCAACUAUCACCAAGGACCCGAAUGGUUAUUUUGUACCGGUUACUUUUUACGUGCGUGUCUCCUCUUCAACGCUUUGACCCCUUCUCAGGUGGCACGGAUCCUUUGCAAUCAUCGUGAUGAAAUCAAGAAGAAUCCCUGGCGUGGUUUGCCUGAAUUGACCAAUAAGGAUGGUGCUCCUUGUUGGGACUCAUGUUUUACUCAAGCCUGGUCAUCAUCGACGUUAUUAGAUCUAUUUUAUGAUAUGAUUGAAAAAAAAAGUUUUGUGUAGUGUAGUAUAGUAUAAUUCAUAGUUUUUAGUUUAUCCUCAUUUCUUCUCCUUGAUUUCGCAUGUACUUUUUUUUUUUUUGUAUCUCAAUAUGAUACCACAUAAUAAAUGCACAUUUCAUGUCAGUUUUUU